GUUCUAAUGAUUGUGUUUUCUUUUUAGACACAUAGAUAUGAAAACCUAUUGUGCAUACCUUCUAGUUCUCUAUGUUGUCCUUGCUGAUUCCUUGUUAACAGUCCGCAGGGCUCCUGUACAACCAGCAGUUGGCACUUUUUAUCAUUCAAGAGAUUAUUUUACCAAUCCAAAAAAUGAUGUGAGGUUUUGCUUGGAGCAUAAUGCAGUGUGCGAAUCAGGCACAAAAUGUGGAACCUGCAAGUGCAACUAUGAUGAUUUGUUUUUUUCAUAUAAACAUGGUUGCAAAAGUUAUAAAGGCGUGCAAUCUAUUUUGAAAGUUAAAGAUUGCAUGUACCAUUCUCAUGAUUCCAAAUCGUUGAUUUUAACCGCCCGUCAGUACAUGUUCUUUAGUUGCCGCAAAUUAUUACUUCCGGUGGCACUGACUCACUAUAAAGAUUGUGAAAUAAAGGCUGUAAAAUCUAUUGACAUUGUAACUGGCAUGGAAGUUCCCAUAAAUGUUUCUCUUAUGAUUGACAAAGAAGACCAAUGUUUAAAGUGCAAGCAUUUUGUGUGCGACCUAACUGACAUACCUGGUUUCUUUUUAAAUUUUGAUAUACAAUGUGUCAACAAAUAUACCAAAUUUGCAGCGAAGACGUGCUUUAUGUUCCGAGUAAUUGGUUCUUUCACAACGAAUGAAUCGCUACCAACAAUAUCUACCAGUACUAAAAUGGUUGAAAUGUCAACAACAAUAACAACAGCAACGGCAACAAUAACAACAACAGCAAUGUCAACCAAUGCCACAACAAUGAAGUUAACAUCAACAUUAAUCAAAGUUCAGAACAAUUCUACAAAAGCAACAGCAAAGAAAAUGCAAACAUCAACAGUAAUUGGGACUAGUACACGUCAUGUAUCUUUUAGUGUGAAGACCAAGAAAUCUAAAGCUAAUAAAAAGAUGAAUCACAAUCUUGCUAUUUUUUCUGCUGUUGGUGUUGUUGUCAUCGUUUUGCUUCUCUUCGUAGUUUUAUUGAUAUUUUACAAAAGAAAAAAACAGGUGCAGUCAGAGAAAGGAUGUUACGUGAAUGAGCAAGCAAGUGCAGGUGUUGGUAAUGAAAAUAAUGGACCUGUAUACAGUGAAAUGAAUGACCUUUUAAAAUCCAAAACAUGCGAGGCAGAUGUUUCAAUGAUGAAAAUAUCCGAAGAAACAGACAGUGAUGAGUUGAGUACAAUGGAGAAUCCUUACUACAUGCCAACUCAAUGCCACAACGAAUUUUCAAAUGCAAAUUGCAAAGAAAAUAAUAUCUACAACUAUGCUUGUAAUGGAUUUUCUGGAAAUGUGAAAAUAACCGCCCCCUCUGCACAUGUAACAAUGUCCAAAUCACCGGAGUAUACUUAUAUAACCCCUGUGACAUCAUCAAAUAAUCCUAUGUAUGAUGUUGCUAGUUUCGAAAGUAUGGAUACUGCAACUGUUUGUAGUAACAGUGGUGAUAAAACAGCCGUAAACGAAGUAUAUGGGAUAUAAUUUUUUGGUUCCAUUGUUUUCUGACAAACAUUUGCAGGGUUUCCUCUUAAUAUGGGUAGGUAAAAAAAGUUUUUUUGCAGAGAAAAGUAGCGUAUUGAAAUCAGGGCAUACAGUGAAUUGAGAAGAGCAAACAUUUUGUCAGAGCCAGCAAAGGAGAUAUAAUUUGAAAGGUAUCUGAGAAUUGUCAUUUUUCAUGUGUGCAUGAGAAAUCACGUUCUUUUUUAAAUAUUUUUAAAAUAGUAAAUAUUAAAAAUAAAAAUUACUAAUAAUUUUUAUCAAAAUAAAGAGAUUAUUUAUAAAAAAAUUUGAAAUGUUAUUUUGACUAUUUCAAUGUAUCAAUGUUGUAUUUUUACCAAUAAUUUUAUUACCAUUAAAAAGAAAAUGAAUUUGUAAAUAUUGAAUUUAUAAUAAUAAGAAUAUCAUUAAAUGUAUUAAUUUUGAUAAAAUAUCUCUUUUUUAACGUAUUUUUUAAAAAUAAAUCUUUGCAAGCUUAUCUUUCAGUUUCUUGUUAUUUCAUGUCUCAUGCCUUUGUUAUUUUUAUUUUUUUUUUACUUUCGAUAACUCAUCAAGCCAGUAAACAAAAAGUGAUCUUUUUCCACCAUUAAUAAAAACAGUAAUAAUAAAAACCUUUGUUUAUUUUUGUGUCAUAUGUUUAUAUAAAAGUUUGUGUCAUAUAACUUUGUUAUGAAUAUUCUAUCUAAACUACUUCUGGGUUUUUUUCAACAAGGGAAAUAAUUGUUCACUUGGCCAGUAAAAAAAGAUAUUGUUGUAUCUGUUCUUUUUUUACAUGCAACAUGCUAUAUAAGCUGUCAUGUAUAAAAAAUUCAAUCCAUUCAAUCUAUAGCUUUUGGACACUAAUAACAACGUCAAUAAUUAUGCCAAUUUUUCCGGAGUGGUACACAUAGCGGUUUAUGGCUAAUAUACUACUGUCACUUACGGCUAGUAUUUUACUUUCAGUUUGUAGCUUGUAUAUAUAUAGUAUAUAUUGUAGGUAUUAUAGUAGUCAGUCUUUAGCAGGUCUACGCUCUAUGGAUUGUUUAUUAUUUAGUUCCAUGGACAUGUUUUGAUUGUAAUAACCCUUUGGGCAGUAUAUUUUCUAUGUAAUUUUUACCAUGUUUCAUGUUUUAUUAUUGUUUAUUCAGGUAUGCAACAAAAUUAUAAUGUAAUAGCAAACACAGAGCGUCUUUUGAUGAUGUUUGACUUGUUUGUAUUUACCACAAACAAAAAUAGAGCAACAAUGUUUUCUUGAUA